CAAGACCAGCAACUCCUGAGAUGAGCAACACAGAGGUCCUGCAUCCACCAUCUUCCGUUGGCAAUCAUACUCGACAAUCGACAAGCAAGCAGGCAUGGAUCUACGUGUCAAAUCAAGAUGCAAACCAGUUGUUAAGUGAUGAGUCGGAUUCCCCUCUUGCCCUUGCCAUCCAAGCAUCUCUUGAGGAUAUUGAAGUAAACUUUGGACCCGUUUUUGGUGAUGAAGGUGAUAAUCAAGACUCCACCCUUCCCUGGAAGCCACAUGACUUCAACAGUAUGCAGCACUCUACACUUAAUGACGGACCUGUAUCAUCAAGCAGUCGUCCAGCAUCCCCAGACCCAUUUGAAAAAGAACUCCUUCUUUUAAAAUUAAGACGAGUAAAUAUAGUUGAUGAUGUCCUUAAUUUCUUCAUGGAACCAAAACUACUGAAUGCUAAUCUAAAAAUGGAGUUUACAAAUCAGAAAGCUGUGGACAGUGAUGGUGUGUCAAGAGAGGUAUAUUCCACGUUCUGGGAAAAUUUCUUGGAACAGUGUGAGGGGGAAGAUGAACGAGUACCCAGACUAAGACCAGACUAUUCUGAGAAGGAAUGGCAAGCUCUUGGAAGAGUGUGGUUGAAAGGAUACCUGGACCACAAAAUCAUACCAAUCAGACUGUCACCAUCUUUUGUUCUUGCCUGUUGUCAAGGACAAAUCCACAAGAGCAGACAGCUCUUAACCACCUGCUACAGUAUGUGAGAAGCAUCAGCCAAAGAAAACUGGAGAUCUUCUUACGCUUCUGCACAGCGUCCACUGUGCUGUGCACAGACACAAUCAAAGUAACUUUUAAUAGAUUGUGUGGUUUAAGUUGCAGGCCUGUAGCACACACAUGUGGAGCAGUUCUUGAGUUACCAUGCACCUACAGCUCAUACCCUGAGUUUCGUCAAGAGUUUGACAAUGUCCUGUCUGGCGAUUGCUUUACAAUGGAUAUUGUGUAAUGUAAUAUUGUGAAUGUAAGGCAUCUUACACAUGUUCCUCUUCUACUGACAUUGUUAUGGCAUUUGUCUGAAACAAACUGUUUCUACAGAUUUGCAUAAAAAAAAACAUUAUUUGUUCAUUCAUGUAUUACAACUAAGAAAAAAAAUUGUUCCACAAGGAGAGGAGAUAAAAUCAGAUGCAUAAUCUGAUGACUGAUUUAUUUAUUACACUUUAAACUGAAAAAACAACAACAACUGUUUUGACAUUUGUUUUGCUUUGGCUUUGUUAUUUUAUUAUUGUUGUGCUGUAAUAUUUGUCAGCACACUGAGUUUUACAUUUUGUUUAAGUCCAGAAGACAGUUUAAGUUUAAUCAUUUUGAUAUGUCAAAAAAGUCUGCUCUCAUAGGUGAACAUCCCUUUUCAUUUUCAUAUUAUCAUGUGCAUGUUUUAUGCAAUUGUUAUUAAGAAAGACGUUCAGCAUUCAACAAAACAAUACCUGUUCGAUGCACAUACAGUACCAUUUUAAAUGGCUGUUUUUGUUGAAGCCUCAUAUGGUAAACAUACAGACAGUAACUGUCAAGAGCACAUUGUUAAAU